GGGAGCGGGAUGCUGACAGAUUCCUGAUAGAUGGCUAAAAUGGCGAAAGCGUGUUCGACCCCAGCGAGCCACCAAACUGUAGCAGUGUAGGUCGGAACAUGUAGUAGCUAAGGCUGGAUAUUUCUCGUGUGUGUGCUUUUCUUUUUUAAAAAAAAAACACUCCCUCUUCGUCUAUUCACCUCACGUUGUCUUCUGCAAGUGCUGGAAUAUUUUCUAUAAGUGUUUUAAAUGGCAUCCACAAGGCGCCGCCGCCUUGUUCCGUGCUUUUUGGGAAUACUCCUAAACGCUUUAAUCGGUGUGAUGUGCGAAGCAGAGCUCUCCUUCACACUGGAGCCCACUGACAUCAUUGCUGUACAGGAGCAGCCCCUCAUGCUCCACUGCCAAGUGGACGGCAUCCCCCCAAUUACGACACAGUGGAGGCACAACGGCCUGCUGUUAACUCAGGAUAAGCAUCACAACACCUUCAUCAACGGCUCGCUCCUGAUCGCUCACUUCCAGAAGACCAAAUCCGACGGCUCGUCUGAUGAGGGCGACUACGAGUGCGUGGCCGAGAAUUCUUUUGGGCUGGUGGUGAGCCGCAAGGCCCGUAUUCAGGCAGCCACCAUGGCAGACUUCCAUGUCCAACCAGAGUCGGUGCACGCCGAGGAGUCCGGUGUGGCCAGAUUUCAGUGCCAGAUCCAUGGCCUGCCAGAGCCUGUCAUCAGCUGGGAAAAAGACAGCCGUCCGGUGGACACUGAGGACAAGAGGUACACUCUUCUGCCUACAGGUGUCCUGCAGAUUACAGGAGUGCGUGAGGAGGACAGUGGGAAGUUCUGCUGUGUGGCUCAUAACAGUGCAGGAGUGAAAUACAGCACUGAGGCCCUCCUCACUGUUUCAGGCUCUCAGUCAUCUGUUUACAAAGAGCCUAUGAUAGUGGUCGGCCCAGAAAACCUCACCCUCACUGUUCACCAAACCGCCAUCUUGGAGUGUGUUGCUACUGGAUACCCUCGGCCCAUCGUGUCUUGGAGCAGACUAGACGGCCGUCCGAUUGGUGUGGAGGGAAUCCAGGUACUCGGCACAGGCAACCUGAUGAUCUCAGAUGUCGGUGUGCAGCACUCAGGGGUCUACGUGUGUGCUGCUAACAAACCAGGGACCCGUGUUCGUAGGACUGCUCAGGGACGUCUGGUGGUCCAAGCUCCAGCAGAGUUUGUUCAAGCUCCGCAGUCCAUCGCUCGGCCCGUCGGCACCACCGCCAUCUUCACUUGCCAGGCACAGGGCGAGCCCGAGCCCCAGCUCACCUGGCUGAAGAACGGGCAGAUCCUGGAGCCCGGGGGACACGUCAAACUCAGGAACAACAACAGCACACUGACGAUAUACGGCAUUAGCCAGGAUGACGAGGCUAUCUACCAGUGCAUUGCUGAGAACAGUGCCGGCUCCACACAGGCCAGCGCCCGCCUCACAGUGCUCUGGGCCGAUGGACUGCCCGGUGUGCCCACCAACGUGCAGGCCGAGGCCCUCUCACCCACCAACAUCCAGGUGUCCUGGAAGGAGCCGGAUCAGAACACUCAGGACAUCAUCGGUUACGUGCUCCACAUCCGCAGGACCUCAGACCCAGUGGAGAUGGAGUAUGAGGAGGCCGUGAGUAAGGUGACGCUGCAGCAGAUCAUCAGGGACCUGGAGCCCUCAACCAGUUACACCUUCUACGUCAAGGCCUACACAUCCCACGGGGCCAGCAAACCAUCAGACAGUGUCACCGAGAGCACGCAUGGGGAGGUGCCAGCGCCGCCGUCCCUCUACACCAAGGUGGUGAACAGCAGUGUUAUACAAGCAACAUGGGAACCUUCCUCCAAGAUGGGCCAGCACCAAGGCUUCAGACUGUAUUACAGGAGAGCCCACACGCCGCUGUUUACUGGUCCCAUCAGCUUCCCUCGCAACGUCACCCAGUACAACAUCACUCAGCUGGAUCCUUCACUGGUCUAUGAGAUAAAGCUGCUCGCACACAACCAAUACGGCGACGGCAACGCCACCCUGCGAUUUGUUUCACUUCGAGAGGCGGUGGAGAAAUCUGUGUUGGACAUCCCGUGCGACUGUGUGAAAGACGAGCAGAGCAAAACAUCCACGACAGGCAUCAUAAUCGGCAUUCACAUCGGAGUCACCUGCAUCAUCUUCUGUGUGCUCUUCCUCGUAUUCAGCUACCGUGGCAGGUUAAUGAUGUGUAAGACAGUUCAGGCCACCCCUCAGGCGGGACACAGCGCAGUGCUGGAAUCCUCUUCCUCUUCCCAGGGGGCCUCAGGGCUGAACGGGGCUGCCAGGAGAGAGAUGGAGGUCAAUGGCAGCGCAGUGGGGAAGAAAGUGGCCGACAGCAACGAACUGGAGAGACUUUUUACUCAACCCACCACACAAGAUACAUGCAUGUCUGACUCCUACGCGCUGAACGACACCCAGCUCUCUACAAUACCACUGGAUGAGUUUGCGCUGGAGCGGGAGACGCAGUUCCAGGAGCCUCCUGCAGCAGGAGCGGGUCGGCAGGACCAAGGCUGAUCAUGUAUGAAGGCCAAUUCACACGACACUGUCCACAGUGUCCACAGUGUCCACUUAGACUCUUCUCUCACUCAGGUUGACAAGUGUUUCCUUUCAAAGUAGUUUUUCCUUUUGUGCAAAGAUUUUUUUUUUUUUUUUUAAGUUAAGGAGUUCUAGAGGAUCUAGGACCGUAUAUCGGAGUGUUUGGGGCCUGAGGUUUGGGAGAGCUCUCUUCUGACAGACAGCUGUCUCCAGCCAGGCCAGUUAAACACUCCUUAUUUUUACAAUUUGGUCUUUUGUUAAUUUUCUGGUGUUGGGCAGCACACAGAAUAGAGGCCCCAUAAUGUCCUUGUUAUACAAUGAUGAUUUUAUUUUUAAGUUUAUAAAUAUAUAUAUACAUAUAUAUCUUUAUCAACUAUGCUGUAUGUCGAAGUGGUUAUAAGUUAUUGGUCUUAUCUCUACUUUUCUGUGGAUGUCAAAGACUCCUGCUGCCUGCUCUCACCUACCAAUGAUUCCACCUUCUCGCUCACAGAAGACCUCAGCCUUCUGUCUCAGGACUUUGUUUCAGUGAUAUCAACAUUUUUUUAUGAGUUCUCGGCCUUCAUACAGGCACUAGACUUGGCUGUGUGAACCUUACGAUUCAACAAAAACCUACCUCAGCCGGAAUGAAUGUGUUGCGGGAAGCUUUUAGGGACUUUACCUUCCCCUGUGCUCACAAUUACUUUACAUGCGGAGGAACUGAUUGGUUUGAAAAUUACAAGAUCAGGUGCCGCACUACCUCAGAUGUCAAGAAUCGUCUCUCUUCUCCUGCUUUUCAAAGCAAAACGAAAAAAGAAAAAGAAACGAGUAUCCAACAUAAAGCACUUCCAAAUGCUGAAGUUAAUGUUCUACCUCAAGAUAACAAUGUUAAUGUUGUCGCUGUUGUUGUUGUUGUUUGUCUGUUUAUUGCAUAAUGAAAAACCCUCUUUUCCCUCCUCUGUGAAAUCCCAGCUUCCCUCUGUUGAUGAAUAUGGUGUUUGUAGAUUCAAUGUCAGUACCUCAUGCAAGUUGACAGACUGAUAACACUGUUGUAUGAAUUACAGUAUGUUAGGAUGAUGUAUGAAUUAUGAUGUUCCAUUGUGAGCCCUUUUUUUUUUUUUUAGAUUUUAUCUCGUUCAAAACAUCAUAUUUUUUUCUUAAGUUGAAUGAAAAGAGCGUUAGAGAUACACUGCACUGCUUAUGAUAUGUUCAGGACUAUUUACUGCUCGAGACGGGAUACACAGUUUUUAAUUGGACCAAAUAAUAUGACUUACAGACAUCAGAUAUGUGCCUAAAAUUAUUGUAUGAUUGAAUUCUGUGUGUGUCUGUGUAGAUUAUGUUUUAUUGAUUGAAUGAAUGUUUCCACACCUAUAUGAUGUUUGUUAAACAAUUUAUCAAAAUUCCCCAAAAUUUAAUUUCACUGUUGUUAGUGUAAUGACUUAAAAGAAUAGUUUGACAUUUUGGGAAAUUUGCUCGUUAGCCUACUUGCUGACAGUUAGAUGUUAUCACUCUUACUACUAGCUAUGAUGCUAUAACUGUUAGCAUGCACAAAUUAACCAGCUAAGAUGUAACUUUUUAAUUUUUCAACACAGUUUCCAGGGUUGGAAAUUAGCACCAGCCACCAGCCAAAUGCUUAAAAAAAUGCAAAUGACUGAUAGGUUUUUGUAUCCACCAGUCACAAUGUCAGGUGGAGUUCAUUUUCAACCCUGGGUAGAGGUGCUGUUGUGCGUAUCUUUGGACUUAAGAUAAAGCCAGGCUAGCUGUUUUCACCUGCUUCAAGUCUUUAUGGUAAGCUAAGCUAACUAGCUCUAACAGCUCUAGCCUCAUACCUAAAGGAAUAGUUUGACAUGUCGGGAAACAUGAUUGGUUUCGUUGUGGUGGAAAGCUCGAUUAGAAGAUUGAUUCAACUCUCGAGUUUGUACAGUUAAUAUGAUCUAUGGCCACCAGAUGGUUAGCCUAGCUUAGCUUAGCAUAAAGACCUCUAGCCCCCAGCUCAUCUAUAGCACACUAAAUAAUAUAUUAUUUAUCUUGUUUGUUUAACCCAUUCAAAAAACAGUUUCACCAAUUGGCUGUUUUAUUGGGGAUCUUGUUAUGGACUAUUUCUCAGGCCCUCAGGAAUUGCGCCAGGCUUCGAAGCUGAUUUUUUUAGUGGCCAAACAGUGAAAUUACGAUGUCCAGGUCCGUGAUGCCAUUAGGCCCAAAAAGAUCUUUUCCCAUAAACAUAAUGGUGAAAAAGACAUCUGUAAAUUAGUGGAUAAUUUUUUUGAGCAUCACAAUCCCUUCAAAAUGAAUCAUUUCACUUUUGGGAUUUGAUCCAUUCAGUCCAAUAAGAUUUCUAAAGUCUAUAAGAACAGCACAAUUUGCUUCCCAUUCAAGUUAGCAGAGCGCUACACCAGAAGUUUUCCGCUCAGCUUGUGAGAAUCUGUAAUGCGCGGGUAAUUAUGUACCCAUGCAGGCUUUUUUUGGCUUCAAGUGCCACUGAGCAACUUUCACAGGAAUGAAUGGGCCCUGCAUCCAGUUCUCUUUAUACAUUUAUGACAGUGAGCAGUAGCUUCGUGAAGUCUCUACCAGUUGCCUCGCAACUUUUCAGAGAUAGUUGACAGAGUGGUAACAUUCUUCUCUAACUUUUCACCCAACAGCAAAUGAGCUAAAAGAACUAUUCUUUUGGUUUAAAUAAGCAGCAGUGUAUUUCUAACCUCUCUCUGGAUAUUUGUUGCUGCAGUACUCUUAGUAAUAUUUUUUCCACAUCACAUUAUCUGCCUCCUUUUUGAACAAAAGUAGUAGCCUUCAGACUUACGGUGCCCAGGAGACAUGACAGUUGCUGAUCAUGCUUGACUAUUGUUACUCUCUUCCCAAACCCACAACUGCUGCUUAGCAUUCUCCCUCCUGACGACACUGACUAGUCAAAGUGCUUCAGGAACGCCGUGUUUAUAAUAUAGCUGGUUGUUGACAGCCACGUGCAGAGAGCUGGCUGAGGGAGAUAGACGGUCGUUGGGUGGCUCUACGAUCACAGGGCUUCUCUCUCCAGCUCUCCUCUCUGUGUCGUCAAAUACUGUACAGGACUUGCUCUGAUGCAUCAUGGUAACCUACCUCAACCCUGAUUUUGGCCUUUCUCUCAGGUCUUUAUGAAGAAACAUACAGAGUAUGAACAAUGGAGGAAUACACACAUACGUAUAUAUAAAUGUAUAUAAAUAUAUAUAUUGCAAUUGUCGCCACAUGCUGCCACAGAAAGGGACACACAGUAAAACACAAACACACAAAUGGAGGGAGAACUUUUUAGGACCUUUAUCUCAUGCACUAACUAUGAAAAUGGUUCACGCUUAGUUUCUAGUGGAUGUGAAUGUGUAACUUUGGUUAUCAUCAGAUUUUUUUUUUUUUUUCAUAUCACAAGCUGUUAACUUUAUUUUUUUUCACUGGAGUUUGACUUAAUAUCCUCUGUUGAAAGUUAUUCCAUGGAUAAGUAAACUAAGGAAAGUAAUGUGGGCGGCACUUACAACUCGAACAUGCAUACAAUUUAUUGAUUUGCCUUUCUGGCUCUUAAUCCAGAGCGUGACUCGUCAUUACCUUAACUGUUCUGCAUUCACGUGAUACUGUUCGGAUUGAUUUUAUGAGCAGCCAAGUGGGAGAAACCAUUGAUGUCAGACUCGUAGUUGUAAUUCCAGGUUGGUGAUAUCUGGAAUAUCUGACAGCUCCAAUAUCUUCCACUUAGCCAAAACAAGUACGGAGGAACAAACUAGAACUGUCACUUCCUCAGAAAAUCUAAAUCCAUUAGCCUAAAUUUGAUUAAGUAUUGUUCAAAACAUUGUAGACGUGACCUUGUUUUAUUCAUUUGCCGUCCCUCUGCUGCCUCACUGGAGUGACAAGUUUGCAAAGUCAGUAGACCAACCUUUUCCUUUAUGCGCGUUAUCCACAUCUAUGGUGUUAAAUCCAACAUUCUUCCUCUCAUCACCUCUCAGAUAGUUAAACACAUUCUCCCUCCAACCUCGUCACAUAUCGACAUUUGGUCAUGGAUCUUCCACGUCCAGAUACGACAUGAACGGUACCCUGGGUGCGUUGGUUGCUGAUGUUCUGGGACGUUGUGUCAGGUCGGUGCUUGUUGGACCCAUCCGCCAUCCCUCCUGCCCGCCCUACUUGGACUUUUGCCGCCUUAACUUUCGUUUUUUUCCCACCAUGUUUCCACUUGAUGCCGCCGAGCACCGUUUGACUAUAACGACAACCGCUGUAUCAUGCCGACGUUAAAGAACGGCUUUUUUCGUCAGUGUCUGACGCCGCAAGUCACUGCCAAGGCACCAAAUUUCAACAACUUCAGAGUGAGACUGGGUUGGAUAGUUUGGUAUCGUCAGCUCAGUGCACUACUUUUCAGUUAGCUUUUUCCCUUUGACAUCGGUUCACUAAGAGGCAACAGAGCAUGCAAUGCAAAGACGGACAGGGCAUUUUGAUUGCAGUUUAUUUGGCUGGAUUUGAAUGAGCUACACACAACUUGUAUGCAGUAGGCGAUUUGAGAUGGGACAAUGGGGGACACCAACCCCCUUGUUAACCUGCCAUCCUUCUUCAUCCCCAGGCCUGGACCCAGACCUAUUACUGAUAAAUUAUUGACAGUUGUUCAGUUUUAACGAAGCGCUUAGUGACGCAGAAUUUGUAGCUUUGGUUGAGUGACCAAGAAACUCACAGACCAAUUACACAAGUUAAAUCAUCUCCUGUGACGCUACUCAGCCAAUCAAAUCUGUGCAUUCCGAUCAGCAUUGCAGCUCCAGUGAAUGAGAUACUUACUCACAAAUCGGCUACUAGUUUAAUGUAUCUGGUUUCACACAACAAAUACUGAAUAAAUACAAAUACUACACUCUGUAAACCAGGCUAACAUUGGGGCUAGCAGCUUGGGCUAACGUGUAAAUACAGUCACAAUAACUGGAGGUUUUCCAGUUUUCCCAUUUUGUUAAUAUUGCAUGAAUGCAGUAUAAGGUGUAAUGACAAUAUAGGAAAUUGGAAAAUAGUUUUCAAAUUUGAUUUUUGGCUCACUAUACAGUAUCAUAUCUUCUGAUCAUCUGUGACAUUCCACAUGAGAGUUGUUUGUGUCCCCACAGCCGAGAAUCACCUCCCAUCUUUGUGUGUUCUGCAUUAUACACAGUUUCCAUCUUAGUGAUCAUCUUAGCAUCUGUGAUGUUAUGCCUUUUAAAUUUAUUUGUUCAUGCUUAUUUGUUUGCAGAUUUUUCUCCUUGCAUCCAUUUCUUGUAUUUAAUUGUACGCUGUGGUGUUAUUAUCAUGUUUCACGUGUUGGAAAAACAGUAACAGUACUUGUCAAAAUAGCAGAACAAAUGCUCAAACCUAAAUGUCUCCUGCUUGUAUAUUUAUUAACUGCCAAUGUGAUAUUUUCUCUCCGGGGCUGCUGCAGCCUUAAUCAGUGUAUUUACUUCUACUGAGAGUAAUUUCACUGGGGAAACAAGUGGUGUGCUUUUCUUUCUUCCUUUCUUUCUUCCUUCCUCUGUCCCUCGGUGUAAUUUAGGGUUAAUCUCCUCCUGCAGGAAAUUGCCCACAUCUCACCCGUGGAUGUGACAGGUUUUAGUGCCAUACUGUUGAACCUGAUUCACUGGGAAUGUGGUGCAGUGACGAUCAUGUUUACAUGAUUAGACUUUAAUAGGUUAGGUUGUCCUUUUGCUUUAUAAUAUUCCAACUUGUGUGAUUUAACAGAGCCCUCGAAGCUGUUCUCGCUGACUGACAGUGCUCUAACUCCAUCACAGUUAGUGAAAAAAAGGGGCCUUUGUCUUAUAUAUUUUGCAGCCUUGGGAAGUGCUAUAUCACCAAACUCUGCUCCUGUCAGUUAGCCAGCCUCCUUUUUUCUUCGUUCAAGAAUCCUGACCUUUGGACAGGGAGAGUGUGUGCUCAGGGACUCUCUGAUCCUCUUGCUAUAUGUGCAUCAGCAGGCCGCUCUUGGCCUUCUGGGUUUUACAUUAUUUUACUCUUUAAAUUCUUCUUUGUGCCCAGUUCAGACAGAUUCACUGUCAGGGAUGCCUUCUUUGUCGGUCAUUUGCGUAACUAAGAGAAAGUGUUGGCAGCAUGUUUCAAACACUUGUCCACAGUGUGGCUGCUCUGCUGGAAACAUAAAGGGGCAACUUCUCAGAAAAUAGUUCACUUGCUACCCUUGUGUGCCAGAGGAUGAUGAAAACAAAGACGUAGGGAUUAUACAUUAACAUAAGGUUGCAGCUGCAGUGGAAAAAUUAUCUGUGACAACUUCAGGGAACUCUCGUUCACAUGGAGAGUUAACAAUUUUUUACUCUCAGUGAAAGAUGCCUGUUAAUGUUAAUGCCUCAAAAUCCCUCACAAAUCUGCCUGAAAUACCUCUGUGUUAAUGCUCCUGCUCACUAUGGAAAUCAGAUAACUUAAAACCAUCUGUAGUUCCUAAUUUAUGUUGAUAUUCAUCCAAGAGCUUAAACAAGCAGUCAGUGAGUUGGUAAGUCAAUCAGCAGAAGAAAUAAUUAACAAUUUAGGUGAUUUUUAACACAAAAAUGCCAAAAAUUAACUGUGAAAUUGUGAGAAUUUGCUGCUUGAAACAAAACAAACAUUUUAGGGCCUUUUCACACCUGAAUGUCUGAACCAAGGUCCAAACCAAGGUUCAUGUCUUUGCUACAUUGAACACAUUUGAUUCGGACAGUUUUGGAUUCACUCUGCGUUUAUACGAGCUAGGGAUGUUCCUGGGGACUAAUUUCCCUCUCGACUAAACGAAUAUUUUCAUUAAGACUAGUCGACUAGUCUAAAAAUUGUAUUCAGGCUCAACAUAUUCCAUUAACUUCCUGAAGCUUUACCUUCAGCAAACUUUAGUGGAAGCAUAUCUUACAAGGUCAUUGUCGUGAUGAGCUGUUUAAAAAUUUUUUGAGUUUUUCCAACUGACUCUAUAAAGUCGUAUCGUCCUCUCCCCAUGUGCAACCACAACUCAUUUUGUUGUGUCUGUUGUUCAUGGUCAACCUGACACCCACACCAUACAUACAACCAACACCUGUCUGCUCUGAGCGCAGCCACCGUCACUCUCUCUGUCACCUAAUGCGCAUACACUACGCUGGAGGCACUACACUACUCCUAUCACAUGCGAUAGCCUGCCAAAACUUCCUUUAAUUGGUCUUAAAGUCUGAACAGUUCAAAGAUUUUCACACCAGAAACAAACCAAACCAUUGUCUAGUUUGAUCCUGACCACCUCUUUUCAACAGGUGUGUUUUUGUCCAGACCAUGAUCCAGGGAAAGGUCUCACAUCUGUAACUUUGGUUCAGAUCAAACUGUAAAGUCCAAAACUCCAGAUCAAAUGAGGCAGGUGUGAAAGGGCCCUGACAGAAGUGAUAUUAAGCUUUAGAAACUUGUAAUUUUUCUGAUAUUUCAUAAACCAAACUAAUAAUUGACUAACAGAGAAAAUAAUGGGCUGAUGAUUUGAUGAAACACAAAGAAUAACAGGUCUCAGCUGUCAUUCAUCCAUACUUGUUCUCAGGUUCUCACAAAGAAGGCAUCCUGAACUGGGCAUGUGCAGGAUUUGUUUCUCAUGGCCAGUAUAUGGCUCCAGCUGUUUAGACUAUGUGUCUGUGCAGUUCUCUGUCUUAUGCAUUAACUGAACACAGGUAACCAGAUCCAGUCAGGACAACAUUAGACUGACACUGUCUCACUGUAUAAUGUCUGUUAAGUACGAUGCUGUAACUCAAUGGUUGAUUUAAUGGUGAGGAUGUUUUGGGUAACCUGAAAUAUUCUCACUCUGGUUUCUCUAAAAGUCCAAAGCCUGAUGCAACUAGCCUCUGCUUGAAAUCUCAUUUACAUUAUGUGGUAUUGAUCGUUGUGGCACCACAUGAUCAUCCGAUAUGAUUGUGAAUUGAUUACAUUUCCGAUGCAUUUAUCUCUAUGGUGUUCUGCUCUGAGACCCCGAUGACUGUACAUGUCAAAUAAUGCUGAGUUUAAAGAUUUUCUGAGUGAUUUAUACUCUUGUCAAAUGGUGAUUUAAUGUAAAUGUACUUUAAUGUUUGAGAUCAGUAUUAUAUUUUAUAUACCUCUGUCAAGAAAGCAGAUUGAAUCCAAUGUGUUUAACGGUAGUAGGCAGAGAGAAACCUACAGUAGAUCUGCAUGAGAAACGAAAAAGCUAACGUGUUAUUUAAGCUGAAAUGAAAAGUGUUAGUUAAUCAUUAUUGGACUUGUGAUGGUAGCACUGUGAUAUUUAGCCGAAUAAUGGCAAAAUAAUGUUGUUAUCUCAAUAUGGUGACUACUGAUGGUCCCAUCUCGCAUUGUCGGUCAAUCUGUCUUGAUGGUGUCUGUUGAUGAAAACAGGUCGUGUGUCCUUUUUCCGCUGACAAAUCUAAACCUGUCUCGCCCUCGCUGAUGCCUGAUGAUCACCUCAUCCUCAUCCUGUUCCCACCAGUCAUCCUCACAUGAGUGACUCGGGGUGAGGUCCUGUCAGCGCUGUUACCGUUUAAAGUGACAAGUUGUCUUCAUUUUCCUUCACAAACCAUCGUUGCUUGAGGAGAAUGUCUGUUCUGUAUUGAUGUUGUCAACACCAUCUAAAGCUGCUCGGUCAUCAGUAAUUUGGCCACUGAAAUAGAAAAAGAGUAGAGUCUAUUGGGCAGGUGAUCGAACCCACACACCUGUCCUGCGAGAUUAGCGUCAAACGUCAAAGUCAAUACCAGCACGUCAGUAAAGAGAUCAUUGUUUAAGUCUUCUUACAGAGACAUGCAUUGUAAAAUCUUCCUGUAUAGAGUGCCACAUUUAUGUUUGUGAUUCACAGUCUGAGCUUCGAUCCUGCACCACUGCAGGCAAAAGAGUAUUUAAUCUUAAAGGGAAAACGACUCUGAUAUAUUGCUGCCAUAUGAAACCAUGUAGGUGUAAGAAUAUUAGACCUGCUCUUGCCCAGUGUUGCUGGUUUGCAACAAGAAUUUUACUUGUGUUCAAAUUAGAAGAACUGAUGAGUGAUUUGUUUUAUUUAUUAAAACUAAAUUUUAUUCAGUUGGCCAUGAAAAGGAUUUGAAUUUGAAAUAUUGAAUUUGUUUUUUUUAAAUCUACAACUGUAAAACUUGCAAGUCGACCACAAGUGAAGUUUAAUCUCCAUUACUAGGUUUAAAGCCCCCAAAAGCUUGGUUUCAAAGCCCAAGUUUGGCUUUAUAACAUUAGAUAUUCAUGAUUAAAGAGGCAACGAGGUUGAAAUUCAGAAGAAAAAAAGACAUAAUAAUAACAUCAGUCAUUUAUUGAGAGUUUAACUAGCUAAUCUGUUUCAUCAGGAUAUAUUUCAUCGACAGUAAAUCCAAACCACCCCACAACAUUAUAGAAACAGAGCAAUUUAGCCCCACCCACACCAAAGGGGAAACAAUUAAUCACCGCUCACUGACUGUAUUGCAUGAACGUACCUCCAUGUUUCUACCAUCUGCUAGCAAACAACAGAAAAUGCCUAAAAGCUGCUGUGUGGUGGGAUGCACUACCAACAGCGCUAAGAACCCAGACCUAAGAUUUUACAAACUGCUGAACCAAAAUCUGAAAUUUUAAGAAGACAGUAGUGGAUACUGUGGAACUCAGUUGCAUUUGCAGAGAGCAUCUUGCUAAGUUGACUGGAUAAACUGUGGAGGUUGAAGCUAACUUAGCAAUGUAAUGCCUGGUCUCGAACUUUGUUAGGUUAAACGAUGAUUUUACCUCUUGAGUUGAUGAAAUAGUUGUAAAUAUCAAAGUAUUUAGAUUCUGGCCAUUCAACAGGACCAUUUCUCCAAGAUUAGCAAGGUAUUCAUCCCUGUUACUGGGGUUUUUUGGGGGAGUUUUUCUUUAUCAAAGGACAGAGAGAUGUCGUAUGCUGUAAAGCCCUCUGAGGCAAAUUGUGAUUUGUGAUAUUGGGCUUUAUAAAUAAAAUUGAAUUGAAUUGAAAAUUAAGGAGAAGGGACACUAAGAUAAGAUACCGUUACUGACUAGACAUAGGAUGCUUAAACGAUCCUUUGACUUGCUGAAAUCGUUUCAGUGCUUGGUUGCAUAUUGUGGAGGUGAUUGUUUUCCCCAAUGAUGGGUUUGGUUUGAAGAGUGUGACACGUGUCUCUAUUAUAUCACUACAUGCUAAAUCCAGAUUCGUGCGCAGAUGUACAUGACAUCAGUUUUUACCAACUCAGCCAUGCAUCCUUCAAACCAAUUAUGGGAGCAAAGUCAAAAACACAAAUACAGAAAUCACCAAAUUUGUUCUUACUUUGGUGGACAUGGGGUUAAAAAAGCAUUGUGGUCUGUGUGUUGACUCCGUUUUUAACUUUAUUGGCAUCAACCAGGAUUCCACCAGCAAAAUCAGGCUGUUUUUUUAUGUUUACCAUUCAUUUUCAUACAGAUUAAUAUAUUGCAAAAACCACUGUAGAUUCUCACUGUAAGUCCUGGUGAAGCAGAUACAAUGAGGACAGUAAUCUUGGCUUUUAUGCUCAAAGAAUUGCAGUUUUUUUUCCCCAGUACAAUAUGCGACCACAACAAAUGGCAAGAGAAGGUCUGACAGCCAUUUUAUUCUCACCUCAUUAGAGUUGCUUUUACUGAUACUACAGUUUAUUAAAAACGAGUAGAACUUCUAUUUUAUCUAUGCAGUUUUAUUUUUAUUUUUAAAUCCUACAGGGUUCAAAUGUGGUGCUAACCUGAAACCAAAAACCAUAUGCAUUACCAGCUGCGUAAACUACUUGUUUAAUGUCACAAAACAAGCCUCAAUUGUUGCGUUACCUGCGUUCGAUUAGCCGAUCGACCAUUUGGAACAAAGGGAGCGCAAAUCUGUACAGCCAGCUCACGAUCACACAUCUAUCUGUCAGUGUCUGUCUGUCUGUCUUUCUGUCUUGUUAUAUGUUCGUCUGCUGAGGUCACUGCCUCCAUCUGCUCGUACUCUGUCUUCUCCCACAGUUUAAUUCAGGUCAAUAUGAGAUGAUUUAAUAAGCGUUCUCAGAGCAUUGUCAGGGAUCACUGCUGUAUGUUUCCACAAAGUUAUGUUUCUACACUCUCUCUAGACCAAGGUGUAAAUCUGUAUACAUAUCCACAUAUACAGUGUGUACUGUAUGUGUGUAUGUAUGUGUGUGUGAAAAGGCAAAAUAGACCAUUUUUAGUGGUUUGUAUUGUUUUAGGGUUCAUUGUGCAAAACUGAAGAAAAAAACAAUAACAGUGAUAAUAAACUAGAUCUAGAAGUAAUGAA